AUGGCGAUGGAAGUUGCAACUCCGAUUCAUGCACCGAUUACAUCUCCAGCGAGCAACCUCAUCAUAUCAGCAACAACGGCCGUGGAAACUCCGAAGAAGAACAGGAUCCAAGUUUCUAACACCAAGAAACCUUUGUUCUUCUACGUUAACCUCGCUAAGAGAUACAUUCAACAGCACAACGAGGUUGAGCUUUCAGCACUUGGAAUGGCGAUCACAACAGUGGUUACUAUCUCAGAAAUUUUGAAAAACAAUGGACUUGCAACAGAGAAGAAAGUUCUCACAUCGACAGUGGGAAUGAAAGACGAGACCAAAGGGAAGAUAAUUGAGAUUGUGUUGGAGAAAUCAGACAAAUUCGAUUCUCUGAUCACUCCGGCACCGGAGGAGGAGGCGGUGGCUAAAGUUGGGGAGAAACCAAUAGAAGCUGAAGCUCAUGAAGGCAAGGAGUGA